AUGACGCAAAUGAAAUUUUCAUCUACAAAGACAGAGCAGAGUGAGGUAAAAUUUCAAAGAUUUCUAUGUUCAUCUACACGCCAGCACCAACCAGCACCAGCACAUAUUAAUACCUCUUCACCAUCCGUCCACUCAUUUAUUCAUCCAUUCAAUCAAUCACUUCCUAAUCGUGGCAGCUGA